CGACGGGGUUUCACAGUGGGACGAGCCGACUCUGCAAAUGGCUACGAGGUGCGAUUUGUUGAUUUGUUCUUCGUUAAUCUCCUCUCGUGCGGCUCGGAAGAAAGCGAACGACCGCUCUGCCUCACAGGCCGCCCUCAGGUAGGCAUGGGCCAGUUACCGGUUUCAAGGUAUACCGAGGUUUUAAACAGUCAAGGUUUCAAAACCACUAAAAUGUUCUGUGAUACCGUCUCCAGGGAUUCAAUGUCAUAACACUCAGUGACGGUGGUAACAGAGGAUUAUUCAAAGCAAACAUCACCUCAUUGCUUUUAGGAAUUUGACUGAAGUGAACAAGGAAGAGGGAACAAGCCGCAAAAGACAGAAAGCAUUGCACCCACACUCCUUCACGGGGCUAUGGAGGAGGAGGGGCAGCAAAGUCUGGAGUGCAUCCAGGCCAAUCACAUUUUCCCUCGGAAGCCCCCCGUCCUUGAUGAAGAUGAUCUUCAGGUGCCCUUUCCAGAGCUACAUGGAGAAUUUACAAAGUAUGUGGGGCGGGCGGAGGAUGCCGUCAUCGCUAUGUCCUCUUACCGACUGCACAUCAAGUUCAAAGAGUCAGUUGUAAACAGCUGUUCGUGUGAGGUGUCAGUUCCCCUGCAGCUGAUAGAAAGUGUUGAAUGUCGGGACAUUUUCCAGCUGCACAUCACCUGCAAAGACUGCAAGGUCAUCAGGUGCCAGUUCUCCACGUUUGAGCAGGGUCAGGAGUGGCUAAAGAGGCUGAGUGCUGCCGUCCGUCCUCCAGCUCACAUAGAGGAGCUCUUCUCGUUCGCCUUCCACGCGUGGUGUUUGGAGAAGGAACAGCACGGGGAUCUGUGCAGACCAGGUGAACAUGUGAUGUCACGUUUUCACAAUGAGGUUGAGCGAAUGGGCUUCGACACUCAGAACGCCUGGAGAAUAUCUGAGAUCAACAACAAGUACAAGUUGUGUUCCAGCUACCCUCAACUGCUGUUGGUGCCAGCCUGGAUUACAGACUCGGAGUUGGACAAUGUGGCAGCCUUCCGCUCCUGGAAGAGAAUUCCGUCUGUGGUUUACAGGCACCAGAGCACCGGGGCGGUGAUUGCUCGCUGCGGUCAACCUGAGGUUAGCUGGUGGGGUUGGAGGAACGCAGAUGAUGAGCACCUGGUGCAGUCCAUUGCUAGGGCAUGUGCCGUUGACAGCAGGUCCUGUAAAGGCCUUACCAAUGGCUCAGUCUCCCGCGAGUACACUAACGGAGCCGACCUCUCGGAUGUGGACUUCGACUCGUCCAUAACUAACAGCUCAGAGGUGGAGUCACUGGCCAUCCAACCUCGUAAACUUUUGAUCCUGGAUGCCAGGUCUUACGCUGCUGCCGUGGCCAACAGAGCCAAAGGAGGAGGGUGUGAAUGUCCAGAGUACUACCCUAACUGUGAGGUGGUGUUCAUGGGCAUGGCCAACAUUCAUUCCAUCCGCAAGAGUUUCCAGUCUCUGCGUUCCCUCUGCACACAGAUGCCCGAUCCUGCCAACUGGCUGUCUGCUCUGGAGAGCACAAAGUGGCUGCAACAUCUCUCGCUUCUGCUCAAAGCAUCUCUGCUCGUCGUGAACGCUGUGGACCGCGACCACAGGCCUGUCCUGGUGCACUGCUCGGAUGGAUGGGACCGCACCCCUCAGAUAGUGGCACUUGCCAAACUUCUGCUGGACCCAUUCUACCGCACCAUUGAGGGUUUUCAGGUGCUUGUUGAGAUCGAGUGGUUGGACUUUGGGCACAAGUUCGCAGAUCGCUGCGGUCACGGAGAAAACGCAGAGGAUCUGAACGAGCGCUGUCCUGUCUUCCUGCAGUGGUUAGACUGCGUUCACCAGCUUCAGAGACAGUUCCCGUGUUCAUUUGAGUUCAAUGAAGCCUUUCUGGUGAAGCUCGUACAGCACACAUACUCGUGUCUGUUCGGGACGUUCCUGUGUAACAGCGGGAAGGAGCGGGAAGACAGACACAUCCAGGAAAGGACCUGCUCUGUGUGGUCUCUCCUUAGACCGGCCAACCGCUCCUUCAGGAACAUGCUCUACUCGUCCCAUUCAGAGACCGUGCUGCAUCCCGUAUGUCACGUGCGUAAUCUUCUGCUAUGGACAGGCGUUUACCUCCCCAGCUCUUCACCCACAACCCCUUCGGAUGACUCCUGUGCCCCCUACCCUGCACCUGGUGCCAACUCUGAGGAUCAGCCCCUGGGCAGGCGUCCAAAGACUCGCUCAUUCGAUAACUUGCCCAGCGCUUGUGAAGUUGGAAACCCAUUGACCUCAAAUCGACGUUCCAGCGAUCCCAGUUUAAAUGAGAAGUGGCAGGACCAUCGCAGGUCUCUGGAACUCAACAUUGGGACGGGGGCUGACAGUGCUGCAUCUCAAGAUCCAGAGGGGAGGGUCAAUGGCGUGGAACGUAUGGGAACAUUGCCCAACGGGGGCACAGAGGAUGUCAGGUUGCCAGUGAUGGAGGGGGUGGAUGAUGCCGAGCUGUCCCUGACAGUGGGUGUGGCUAUGGGUCAGAUGGAAAACAUUCUACAGGAGGCAACAAAGGACGACUCCACACCAGAUAAUCGCAGAGAUGCAAAGACAGACCACACUAAUGAUACCUCUGUUCAAAAGUGCCCUAAUGGCCAGAUGAACGAUAUUGCACAUUUGGCAGAGGAUCAGAGCAACAACGGCAUUGUUACUGAGACGCAACUAACCGCUAAUACUAAAGCCGAAAGCCUCGGAGAGGGAAACGUCAAUGGACAUUGUUCAGAGGAUGGAAGUUCGGAGACCUCUUCUGCUCUCAGCCGAGGUACCUCGGAAAGCCAAGACUCGGAGGAACCAGCCGAGGAAACCCUGCAGGAACAUAACCCCUCUUGUAACGCACCCAAUUUCCCACCCAAUGGCCUUAGGACUCUUAGUAAUGGCUUUGGGGUUGAUAAGCCGCCGCCCGAGAGCCAGGCAUCUACCGCUGGACCAGAGAUCAGAUCUGAGGCUCUUGAACAAGCUGAGAAACGGCUUUCCCUAUUGGAAAGCUCCACGGAGACGCUUACGGAAGACUUGGGUGUUCGGCCGGAGAGUCUGGGACCCUUGACUAUCCCUCACCCUCUUAAAACGUUAUCAGAAUCCCCGUGCCUCAAACAAGGCCUCGAUGCCGAAGCUGGCACCACCAGGACUAUAAACGACAUCCCCAAACGGCCGUCUCUUAGUGCCUUUCCAUCCUCUUGUACCUCUGCUGACCCCCAUAAUCCCACUUGUAACGGAGAAUCGCCAGACCCAGAGCCCUCCACGCCACAGUGGGCACGCACAAACGGGGAACGGACAUCGCUUAGCCGACAGGUGUCGCUCGCCAGCUGCGGCUCGCUGACUUUAAACGCACGGGGCACCUGCUCCCACCAUCGCUGCCUGCAUUUGGGAUUUCUGGGGCGGCCGAGCUUCACUCCCCCAGAACCGCCUUCGGCCCGGAGCCAUCUAGAUGAUGAUGGCCUGACCCUGCACACCGAUGUCGUGCAGCAGCGCCUGAGGCAGAUCGAGGCGGGUCACCAAUUGGAGGUGGAAGCCCUGAAGAGACAGGUACAGGAGCUCUGGAGUCGCCUGGAGAGCCAACAGUCUGCUGGGAUGCUGCGCCUCAAUGGAGACAUGGCAGACGAAGUGACCUCUAUGGCAGACUCUGACUUCAAUCUGGAGCCCAGCUGUUUGUCCCGCUGCAGUACUGAACUCUUUUCUGAGGCCAGCUGGGAGCAGGUGGACAAGCAGGACACUGAGGUGACCCGUUGGUAUCCGGACCAUCUGGCAGCUCAGUGCUACGGCUGUGAAAAAGGCUUCUGGCUGGCUACAAGAAAGCACCAUUGCCGAGGCAGGGAGCACAUGGAAGAGGUUUGGAAUUGUGGGAAUGUGUUCUGUGCCAGCUGUUGCGAUCAGAAGAUCCCGGUGCCAAGCCAGCAGUUGUUCGAACCCAGUCGCGUGUGCAAGUCGUGUUUUAGCAACCUGGAGACCCUGGCACCAUCUCUGGAGAUAGAGCUGGAUAAACCCAUUACGGCAAGCUCCAACUGAUCUCGGAACAGAAACGGGUCAAGCCAGCUGGACGAGUACAACUGCAGAGGACCCGAGGGAUGAGUUCAGAGAAGAGACUACCUGAAAUGGAAUCGUGUGUAUAUACGGGACGGAGCGAGGGGAGGAUGCUUUGCACUUUCAGUUAGCGUUUGCGGAAGAGACUGCUGAACUUAUUUGGGGGGGGCGAUUGAAAGCUUGUCUUUAUUUACGAUGAAACUUGUCCUGUCCUUGCUGCAUAAAGCUGUGCAAGUGGAUGGUGCAACAUCAAUCUUUUUUUAAUAGGAUUUCCUCAUCUCACGAAGAUAUUAGAUUUCAGUGGUGUUCUUGGGAAUGCCGCACGGGGAAAGGUGCUUCUUGGACAAGGCCGCAAUGUCCUAGCUUUGAUUUUGAGUUCUCAUCUUUAUCUAUCAACUCCUAAUAUAUCCAUUUCUUUGGUUUAUCAGGGUUUCUCUUUUUUUUGUUUUUGAGGAAGAAAAAGGAGUAGAAACCUGCGCAGUCUAUUGGCGCCAAAUUCUGGACAGCCGUUUCACGCACACAUUUCCUGAUUAAUGACUGUUUGUUAGUAACUCCAUACAAUGGUCAUGGAUGUGCUUGAAUAUCAUUCACCUUUUCUCUCCAAUGUAGAGACAGAAACCGAUGUCAGCAUGGACCGCUAGAGGGCGCUCUUGGCUUUCUGAUCAGCUGUGUGUCAGCAGAGACUUUAUCACUCUAAUGCAUUUUUUGUAACAUAAAUGCGAGACAAAAUAAUGAGAUAAUAUAUUAGACUGAUAUAAGAAUGAGACGUAUAGCAUUUAAGAUGAGAAAUUGUAUAGAAUUCUUGAAUAGUGGCUCACUAAAUUAGUCACCAAAUAUAAGUUCCCCAGUUGUAGUCACUUGGGGUUUUCUUUGUAAUGUAUUUCAUUUUUUUCUUAUUUUUCUUGCGCUAAAAGAAGAAUCUGAAUGGCGUAUAUAUUUGAGAGGUAUUUUAUUUGAUAUGCUGCAGAUGGCCCCAGAUGUUUUUUUUUUCUUUGAUUUCAAUUUUUUAACACUUAUUUAUUGCCAUCUUUUUGGAGUAUGGUUCGGUCUUGACAAUUGAUUGACAGGAUAAUCAGUGUUGAUUGGUAAUUGGAUGUGUGUGAGCUGCACUGAAUAUAGAUAUCCCCAAAAAUACACCAACAUUCACACUUCCACACACACAUUUGGUAUUUUUAUCACUUCUAUUUGAGAAAUGAUACACAAAUUAUAAUCUGAUUAUUUUGCUUACACCCUCCUGUUUUUUUUUUUCUUUGCAAAGGUUUAUUUCAAGAAUUCCCACCGCCAACACAUGAGGAAUGAGUAUAGUUGUCUAUAUUUACUUGCACUUGUGUCAUUUCAAUUUUUCAAUCUGAUAUUGCUCUUUUUAUGUUACAUUUUUAUAAUCUUCAUACACAUUAAACGACCACAUCUGUUUUAGAAAAAACAAUGCAACACCUUAAAUGCAUCACAACUGUACUCCAUUUGAUUUCUCAGUUAAGAGAGAUAUGAGUGCUAGUAAAUAAUGACAUAACUUGUUGAAGUGGCGACAAUAGUCGUCAUCUGAUACUUUAGUGAAAUUCCUGAAGGUUUGGAUUUCUUGCUAGGCGUUAAUUCUCCUGACUGAUGAUAUCUGCACCUCUUCAGAAGUAAAGAGUGUUGUGGAUUCAGUGGAAACAGUGGAUCUGCUUUUGCAUAAACGCCAAUCCAUGAAUGUGAAUUUUUUUCCAGCAAAGGAAAUCCCAUGGUUUAUAUUUUGCACAUUGGUAACCAUCAGAAAUAGACACUGUUGCAGACCUCUAUAAGAAUAAAAGUGGAAUUCCAAUCUAA